AAGCUGAGGCGGGGGCUGCAGAAAGAUGGCCGCUCGGCCGAGGCGGCGUUGUCACUCACUUUAUGCGAUGCUGUCGCAGGGUAACGUUUGUGAUGGCGCCAAGAAUUCAACUGAGGAACUCUCUUGUACAACUUCUAUGGAGUGGGACACGCAGGUGGUGAACGGGUCCUCGCCGCUUGGCCCCGCAGGCUUGGGGGCGGAGGAACAGCCAUGCAGACCGCAGCUGCCGUCAUGGCUGCAGCCCGAGAGGUGCGCCGUGUUCCAGUGUGCACAGUGCCAUGCAGUACUCGCUGACUCUGUGCACCUCGCCUGGGACCUGUCGCCGUCCCUCGGGACCGUGGUAUUCUCCAGAGUCACAAACAACGUGGUUUUGGAAACUCCCUUCCUAGUUGGCAUUGAAGGUUCGCUCAAAGGCAGCAUUUACAACCUUUUAUUCUGUACUUCCUGUGGGAUUCCCAUUGGUUUCCAUUUGUAUUCUACCCAUGCUGCUCUGGCUGCCUUGAGAGGUCACUUCUGCCUUUCCAGUGACAAAAUGAUAUGCUAUCUCUUAAAAACAAAGGCCAUAGUAAAUGCAUCUGAGAUGGAUAUUCACAACUUAUCUCUACCAGAAAAGAUUGCAGAGCUGAAAGAGAAGAUAAUGUUAACUCAUACUCACUUAAAUUCACUGAUGAAGAUUCUGAAGGAAGUAACUCCUGACCAGCCCAAGCCAGAAAACUGAUCCAGAAUCAGAGUUUAAGUAUUAGGGUCGGUAAAUAAAUAAAUUAAUAAAUAAAUAUAUUUUUUUAAAGUAUCA